AUGAUCACCAAUACAGCGACCUCGUCGUCAGACUCGUUUAUCGAAAGAGAAGUGAGGAAUGGUUGCCGAGAAGAAGAAAUUAAAGACCAGCAUCAACUGACUACAGGAUUAGCAAAACAAUAUUUAAAGACACGUUUCACCACUUUGUUCCCAUCAAAGGCCGUACUUCGGGAAAACUGGAACAAAUAUCCCUGGAAUCCAUUUCCUGCGUUAGUCCAUUUAAAUGCCAGACAAGUCCAAUAUUUUGUGGUGGGAUUUUUGGCUUGGACGUGGGAUGCCUUGGACUUCUUUGCAGUGUCACUGAAUUUAACGGAGAUUGCAGAGGAUCUCCACACACCGAUAAAAGAUGUUACACAUGCUAUUACCUUAGUGUUAUUAUUAAGGGUAGUAGGUGCCAUUUUGUUUGGCUAUCUGGGGGAUAGAUUUGGUCGCAAGCUGCCCUACUGUCUGUCAAUGUUUCUGAUUAUAGUGGUUCAGAUUGGCACAGGAUUUGUGAAGAAUUUCCCUGCCUUUUUAGGUUGCAGAGCUCUCUUUGGGGUGGUAAUGGGGUCUAUCUUUGGUGUAGCGAGCGCUACGGCUUUAGAAAAUGCACCAGAAGAAUCCAAAUCUAUUUUGUCUGGUAUCUUUCAAGAAGGUUACGCCUUGGGCUACCUGCUAGGUGUGAUAUUUAAGCGGGCCAUUGUGGAUAAUUCCCCAUAUGGGUGGAGGUCUUUUUUUUGGUUUAGUGCUGGUCCCCCAGCUCUCUUUAUUGUCUGGAGGCUACUUCUUCCAGAGUCCGAGGCCUUUUUAAAACGGCAAGUUCCUACCUCAGAGAGUUCUGGAGCAAAACGUGCAGAACCGCCAUCGUCCAGGUUUUGGAGAAAUGCAAAACUAGCCCUCAAAAGACAGUGGAUGACCUUAAUUUAUAUGGUCAUACUGAUGGCCAUGUUCAACUUCUCGUCGCAUGGCUCUCAGGACUUAUUUCCAACAAUGCUUUCUAAACAGUAUGGGUACUCAGAAGAUGCAUCAACUGUCACCAAUGCAGUGGCGAACAUUGGGGCGUUAGUUGGUGGUAUUCUGGUUGCACACGUAUCAUCUUUCAUCGGGCGUCGAUGCGCUAUUGUCCUGUGUUGCGUAGGAGGUGGUGCAUUUUUAUAUCCGUGGGGCUUUCUAUCAAACCCUCGACAACUAAACCCCUCCGUAUUUUUCCUUCAGUUUUUCGUUCAAGGAGCAUGGGGAGUAGUUCCCAUUCAUUUGACUGAGCUUUCUCCUGUUGAGUUUCGUACAUUUGUUAUUGGCGUUGCUUAUCAGUUAGGAAACAUGAUCAGUAGCGCAUCAUCUACAAUCGAGGCAAGUAUAGGAGAGCGUUUUCCAAUCGAAGGAAAGGAAGGUGUAUACGAUUAUGGAAAGGUAAUGUGCAUCUUUAUGGGAAGUGUUUUUGCCGCAUUGUUAAUAACAACCGUGCUGGGUCCCGAAAAUAAAGGUGGGGAGAUUGUCAUCGAUGAAGAACGUGUUUACGAAAGCAAUUUGGUUGCCAGAAACGAAUUUUAUGAUUUAGAGCGUGCAGCCUCUAUUGAAACGUCACAAUCAGCAUUUAAGCCGGUUCUUGAACAUGUUGCCGAUAUCGGCGCUUAUAAUAAUUCCGGCGAUGAUAGUCCAAAACCCGGCAGUAAUCAUAAUGCCAAGUAA